CUUUUUACUUCAUUUUUUUCUGGACCUCAAGUAGAAGUUCAAAAUAAUAUUUUAAAAGCAAAUUUUGGUCUAUCAAAUGAAGAAAUACUCAGUUGGGAGAAUAGAGCUUCUUGCUAUAAAAUGAUACUUCAAAGUUUUUCUUUUUUUUUACAUGUUGCUAUGUACUCUGCUUCUCAGGGUUUUAACGCAGUAUACUCUGGAAUAAAUGAGCUCAGUGAAGGAAGAAAGCAAAUGUUAUGUUUAGUGAGAAAGUAUGAGGAAAAGUCUAAAAAGGGCAAGAAGGCUAAAAAAAAUAAGAAAAAACACCAAUCUGAAGAUUCUGAUUCUGAUGUGCUUACAGAUGUAAGUACUAGUGGAAUAAUGAGAAAUACUGAUAAUGAUGAUGAUAAAUUGGGUGUUGAUCAAGAUGUAAUUAUAAAUCGGUCGAUUGCAGAUGCCUCUAAAUCACAAUCACAUGUUGAUCAACCUAUUGAUAUGGAAAUCUCAACAGUAUAA